UUUGAAUUUAAACUGCUGUGGCAGUCACUAGACUCACUACUACAUGGUACGCUACUACACUACCCUAGGUAUUACAUACACUGCCUGGCACUAUACUGCAUAAUCUUGAUACCAUACCCAAUACCUAAAGUACAUAUAGGAGUCAGUACUACUGGUGGCGCCCAAUAUAGUACAUUCUAAUCCAUGUCCACUGUGAAUAGUACCUACAUAUAGGUACUAGGUAGUUCGGCAAUGUCCCUGACAAACGCAUCUCCUUCCGAUGCUGCUAAGGCGGCCAAAGAAGCAUCCCAUGUUCUUGCUACCCUGUCUGAGGAUGCAAGGAAUGAUGCCUUGACUGCCAUUCAUGCUGGCUUGGCUGCAGCUAGAGAUGAGAUCCUCGCUGCAAACGCCCGUGAUCUGGAAGUCGCCCGCUCAGCCGCAGCACAUGGCCAGUUGAGCCCCAGUUUGGUUUCUAGAUUAGAUCUUGGAAAGAAGGGGAAAUGGGAGGAUAUGCUAAAGGGGAUAUUGGAUGUGCGAGACCUUGAGGAUCCCGUUGGCAAGAUCACCUUAAGGACCAAACUUGAUGAUGGGCUCGAGUUGACACGGGUCACCUGUCCCAUCGGUGUUCUCUUAAUCAUCUUUGAGGCACGGCCAGAAGUCAUUGCGAACAUCGCCUCCCUUGCAGUCAAGUCAGGAAAUUCUGCUAUUUUGAAAGGUGGCAAGGAGUCGACCGAGUCCUUCGUGGCGAUCUCCAAAGUCAUCUCUGCCGCACUUGAUCAGACAAAGGUUCCCAAUGGCGCAAUCCAGCUCGUCACCACAAGAGAUGUAAUCCCUCAGUUAUUGGACCUAGACCAGUAUAUCGAUCUUGUCAUCCCCCGGGGUUCUAAUGAACUUGUUCGGUAUAUCAAAUCCAACACCAAAAUCCCGGUUCUCGGCCAUGCUGAUGGCCUAUGCUCCAUAUUCCUCGAACAAUCGGCAGAUGCAAAGAUGGCAGCAGAUGUAAUUGUCGAUUCCAAGACUAGCUACCCGGCCGCCUGCAACAGUCUAGAGACAUUACUGGUUCAGGAGUCUGCUCUGAGCACAAUCCUCCCCCAGGUAGCCGCAGCCCUGAUUGAGAAGGACGUCGUUCUGCGCUGUGACCCCAAGACCAAAGCAUCGCUUUUUAACAAACUACCUCCUAAUCUUGUUGAAAAGCUUGAAGACGCCCAAGAGGUUGACUUCGACACCGAGUUCCUUAGCCUUACGCUUGCAAUUAAAGCGGUGGCAGAUGUACACGAGGCAAUCUCUCACAUCAACACCCACGGCUCCAAGCACACAGACGUGAUCUUAACCAGUUCCGACGAACUGGCUGAGCAGUUCAUGUCCAGCAUAGAUGCUGCGGGCGUGUACUGGAAUGCCUCUACUCGCUUUGCCGAUGGCAUGAGGUAUGGCUUCGGCACAGAAGUUGGUAUCAGCACAAACAAGAUCCACUCCCGGGGCCCCGUAGGUUUGGAGGGGUUAAUGAUCUACAAAUACAAAAUCCGGGGGCAAGGUCACACGACAGCAGCGUACGGUGAAGGAGAAGGGAAGAAGAGUUACAAGCAUGAGAAGCUUCCUUUGUAAAGGGUUGUGUUCAAUGGCUGAUAUAUUAAAAGGUAUCAUGGAGUCUAAAAGUAUAGUAUGUCGGUGAACGAAUAGGGAGGGUCGUUGAAAAUAAAACCCCUUGUGAGGAAAGAGUAGCAAUCUAACUUACACCAUACCUACCGAAUUUUCGGCUCUUCUUUACCAUGCUACAAUACAUCACAAACUGCGAACAAAAUCACCAUAAGUCCCAUAUCUUUUCUUGGGUACUAAGCAAAUGCUGAAGGCAAAUGACAGAAUAGUAGGUAGCGUAGGCUAAGCUUCCAUUGUUUAGUAGCUCAGUAAAGAGCAUAUGAUAUAAUAGAUCAUAACAUUACCUAGCUUCU